AGCAGCGCUACCUACACUGCGCUAGAAAGAAAGAAAGCACAAUCGUGCCUUACUUCACGCCGGUCCCUGCUGCCCUUGCUCAGAGGACGUGAGGACAGUUUUCCAAACUUUUCGUGAGAAACGAAAGGAAGCCAGAGUCCAGUUUGCAGCCAUGUCGAGGGCCGUGGCCAACCUGACGGCGUCCAUGAUCAAGAACGGCAAGCCCAAGUUCGAGACCUUCAUGAAGUACGCCCGCGUCGAGAUGGUGCCGCCGUCGCCGCGCGAAUUUCCCGAGGUGUUCCGGGGCUUCAGUCAGCUCGUCAGUACGGCAAAGUCCGGCGCGUGGAAGAACUUCACUGUCAAGGAGGCUACGGUCAACACGCUGGUCGGAAUGGAAGUCAUCUUCUGGUUCUACGUUGGCGAGUGCAUCGGCAAGCGAAGCAUAAUCGGAUACCAGGUUUAGGGACCCGCUCGCAGCUUCAUCGCUCCUCCGUUGGACAUUAUGCUAGGUGUUCCAUUCGUUGCGAAUUUGGAAUAAAUGUGCCAGUGAACUAGGC